GGCCGGGCUCCAGCGCCCCAGGCCCACAGGAGGGCGGAGCCGGGCGGUCCUUUCCUAGCCUGGACGCACGGAAGUGCAGUGGAGUUUGCCCAAUUCCCCAGCCUGCUUUUCCUCCCUCUCUCCACCCUUCACCUCCCCUUCGGCUAUUCCCUCCUUCCUCGGGACGCCACCUCCCGGAAUCGCCUUUUUGUUUUGGGGCUGGGCGGCGCAGAGGGGCAGCGAGUGCGGGAGAAGUCAGACUGGGGACGCAGCCCGCCGCCCAGCCCGCCGGGCCCGCGGGGCAAAGUGGAGGACCGACGGACGCCCGGCGGGGCGCGCCAUCUGCUCGCUGGAGCUCACUCUUCAAACUACUGUUGAGUGUGUGCGUGCGCGCGAGGGGUGCGGGGCGGGGGUUAUAAGUCUCGGGUGCGGGGUUACUGGUUUCCGACGAGCUACCUUUGGACAGGGGUCCUUGGACUCAAAUCAGAAUUAGGCAAACAAAAGAGACCAGUCAGCGAGUGGCCAGAAGUCGCCCAAGCGCCUCGCCGUGCCCCCUCCUCCCUCCUAGGUCGGAGCUGGCCACUUGUGGGGUGGGGAGAGGGCGACCGAGCCGGCCGGGGGCCGCGGGGGGUGGAGGGGACCGGCUGCGCAGCUAGGGUCGAAGAGUUGGCGGCCUGUUGUGUAAGCCUCAGUCCUUGUUUUCCCGGCCUGGCUCGUUGUGAAGCCGGACACAUCCACCCUUGGACUCAAUUCAGGAGGCUGCUGCUUUUCUCCUUGCCCCUCUUGGAUUUUCUGGAUUUUUGAAAACCCAAUGGCCUAGGAGGAGGAGGAGGAAGGAGGAAGCGGCAGAUCUGCAGAGGAAUGUGAGAGCCUCCCAAAGCCAGAGCAGCCAAAAGGAGCUGGGAGCCAGAGGGACAACAGAACCCUGCUGGGUUUCUGGAAUGGUGGUUUCCCAGUGAUUCUCUUCUAUUUUAGAACAUUGUUUCAGUGGAAAGUGUCGAAUUCUUGCCCUUGCAGAGCUGGUUUCUCCAGGUCACUUGACUGUUCUUCUGGAAGUGGGAGGAAACAGAGACUACCCCCACUCCCCCAGGGGCUACUGAAGGAGGGGAAGAAAAUUAUGGAUGUGAGCUGUCCCUGCUCAUAGGCAUGUGCCCAGAGACCUGAUGGGGCACUUUCUGGGCCAUGGACAUUGCUUUGAAGAUGAACAGGCUGAACAGCAUUUGUGGAUGCUGAGACCCCGCCCUGGGGGCCAAGAAACUGAACUGUAUAACAGGCACUGAGUUGCUAGUACAUUCUUGGACAUUCUAGUGAGUAUCCUGUCCAGACCCUCUCCUUCCAUCUUUCUCUGCUACCCAGCCCAGACAUGGCACUGAAAGGCCGAGCUCUCUAUGACUUCCGCAGUGAGAACAAGGAGGAAAUCAGCAUCCAGCAGGAUGAGGACCUAGUCAUCUUUAGUGAGACUUCACUGGAUGGCUGGUUGCAAGGCCAGAAUAGCCGUGGUGAGACAGGACUCUUUCCUGCCUCUUAUGUGGAGAUCAUCCGUUCUGGCAUUAGCACCAACCAUGCUGACUACUCCAGCAGCCCUGCAGGCUCCCUGGGCACACAGGUGAGCUUGUACAACAGUCCCAGUGUGGCCAGCCCAGUGAGGAGUGGUGGGGGCAGUGGUUUCUUCUCAAACCAAGGCAGCUUUGAGGAGGAUGAUGAUGAUGACUGGGAUGACUGGGAUGAUGGAUGCACAGUGGUGGAGGAGCCACGGGCUGGUGGGCUGGGCACCAAUGGGCACCCCCCCCUCAACCUCUCCUACCCUGGUGCCUACCCCAGCCAGCACAUGGCCUUCCGGCCCAAGCCACCCCUGGAGCGGCAGGACAGCCUGGCAUCUGCCAAGCGAGGCAGUGUGGUGGGUCGCAACCUCAACCGUUUCUCAUGCUUUGUGCGCUCUGGAGUAGAGGCCUUUAUCUUGGGUGAUGUGCCCAUGAUGGCCAAGAUCGCUGAGACAUACUCCAUUGAAAUGGGUCCUCGUGGUCCCCAGUGGAAGGCCAACCCCCACCCAUUUGCAUGCUCCGUGGAGGACCCCACCAAACAGACCAAGUUUAAGGGCAUCAAAAGCUACAUCUCCUACAAGCUUACACCCACCCAUGCUGGCUCACCAGUCUAUCGCCGCUAUAAACACUUUGACUGGCUCUAUAACCGCCUCCUACACAAAUUCACUGUCAUUUCGGUGCCCCACCUGCCUGAGAAGCAGGCCACAGGCCGCUUUGAGGAGGACUUCAUUGAGAAGCGGAAGAGGAGGCUUAUCCUCUGGAUGGACCACAUGACUAGCCACCCUGUGCUAUCCCAGUAUGAAGGCUUCCAGCAUUUCCUCAGCUGCCUGGAUGACAAGCAGUGGAAGAUGGGCAAACGCCGGGCAGAGAAGGAUGAAAUGGUGGGUGCCAGCUUCCUGCUCACCUUCCAGAUCCCCACAGAGCACCAGGACCUGCAGGAUGUGGAGGACCGUGUGGACACCUUCAAGGCCUUCAGCAAGAAGAUGGAUGACAGUGUCCUGCAGCUUAGCACUGUGGCAUCAGAGCUGGUGCGUAAACAUGUGGGGGGCUUCCGCAAAGAAUUCCAGAAGCUUGGCAGUGCCUUCCAGGCCAUCAGUCAUGCCUUCCAGAUGGACCCCCCCUUUAGCUCUGAGGCCCUCAACAGUGCCAUUUCUCACACGGGCCGUACCUAUGAAGCCAUCGGGGAGAUGUUUGCUGAGCAGCCCAAGAACGACCUCUUCCAGAUGCUCGACAUGCUGUCCCUCUACCAGGGCCUGCUCUCCAAUUUCCCCGACAUCAUCCACCUACAGAAAGGCGCCUUUGCCAAGGUGAAGGAAAGCCAGCGCAUGAGUGACGAGGGCCGCAUGGCGCAGGACGAGGCUGACGGCAUCCGCAGGCGCUGCCGCGUGGUGGGCUUCGCCCUGCAGGCCGAGAUGAACCACUUCCACCAGCGCCGUGAGCUCGACUUCAAGCACAUGAUGCAGAGCUACCUGCGCCAGCAGAUCCUCUUCUACCAGCGGGUGGGCCAGCAGCUGGAGAGGACCCUGCGAAUGUACGACAGCCUCUGACCAGUGUGCCGGACCCUCCCUGCCCCCGGGCCUGGUCGCUGCAGUGCAUCCUGUGUCCCAGUCUCCCUGUCCUGGCAGUAGCUGGAGGGGUAGUCAUUGUGGGGUGAGGUAAACUGCCUGUGGCCUCCUGGGAGAAGGAGCUUUUAAGGAGUCAUGGGUACCCCAGGGGAACUGUUCAUCCCUUAGAGGUAGGGGCACAGCUGGGAUAAGAAUGGGGCCAGGAACCCUCUAGGCCAAGGUCUGGGCUGUUGAUCUGUGCAGUCUGGGCUAGGUUCUUAGCCUCCUCUAGAGCCUAUAGUGCUUACUCAUCUGGCCACCACCCCUUGUCCCCUCAGCAAACACUGAAGCCUGCUGUGGCCCUGGGUCAGAUGCUAGGCACCCAGGGCUUUGACGUGCCACCCUUGAGGAGUCCUCAGUCAAGGUGGGGGUCAGACACAGAAACAGACAAGAGAUAGGCAGUAUGACAGAUGGUUAAAUCAGGGGUUCCUGGAAUCUCAGAGGGACAACAGCAUUCUGUUGGUCAGGGAAGACCCUACGCAGAGGCAAUAUUCAAGCAGUGUUUUGCCCUACAGUGAGGAGGACGUUCAGGGGAGCAGAACAGCUUGGUAAAGGGACAGAGGCACAAAAACAACUUCUCUCCCUUACCUUUCCUGAGCAAGUUUGGUGACCCAAUUCCCAAACUGUAGCCUUGUGGCAGCCACCUGCAGCCCUGGCUUUCCUUGCUUCACCCUGUCCCCCAGAGGAGGGACUGCAGGCCAGCUCCCUCCUGCAGGCCUCUGGGUGCACCCCACUGCUGAGCCCCAUCCUCUUGGUUAGGGGACUGUGCUGCAUCCCACCUGCCUUGGGCUCAAGGUGCUGACACACUAUGGGCUCUAGAGACCUAGUGGCACCUUCCUGGAGAAGACUCCCCCCAAUUAUCAUAUGUUUGAGUUCACCAGCAAUAACUCUCCACACUCCAAGCAGGCCCAGACCUCAGGCUCCCAGGAUCCUUGACCUCUGAGGCACUGUCUUCCCCCAGUCCUCCCAGUUACACAGUGGGAAACUUAAGAGGAAAAAGACAGGGGCCCGCUUACCACCAUUCCAGGGAUUCCAGGCCUACUUCCCUGCCACCAGCCUCACUGUGAUGUGUGCUCUAGCUUCUGGUCAGAUUGUGCUGUCUUGGACCUAUGUUUACAUCCCCAAGGAGUUACUGCCUCCUCCUGCCCCAGGCCAGGGUGUGGUCCAGCAGCUUGUCUGGGGAGCUGACCUGUGCCACCACUGCUCCCACCCCCCACCAGGGGUCCUGGUCUGCUCCUGGCUGCUGCUGCUUGAAUCUUUUUCUUCCCUUUUUCCUUGAUAAACUUUUUACAAUGAAGACAACAAAAACAUGAUUUUCUGUUUGGAUCCCAGAAGGGAUGAGGGUGGGGCAAAUAUAGAACUCUGAUUACUCUUGGGAGCCUUUGGAACAGAUUCUGAGAUCACAGUGGGCAAAAAUUUAUCACAGAACCUCAAAAGUCGGGGGCAGUUGUGCCAAUGGGAGAUGUUAACUGGCAGGAAGGGCUGGAGGUGGCCUUAGACCCUGGCUGGCUGCGUUCCUUCCCCAGACCUCACACUCCUCAUCUUUGAAAUGGGUGAAAUGCUGCCCAGGGCUUUGGCUGUGCUGCUCCCUGAUCUAGGACUGAGGAUUAUGUGAAGAAGGGCUGGGAGGCUGUGCCCCAGGACAUCCUAAUAGAUGGGUGUUUCCUCUCCCCAAGGAGCCAUGUCCUGGAAAGCCCUAGUGCAAAGCAGGAAAGGCAGGGGUCGGGGGGGACUCAGAAACUGUGUCUUUCCCCCAAGCCAUCCUGGGCACCCAACCCUGCCGUGGCUAUAUGUUGGAAACUGAAAAGGACCCCGGCUGUGCCUUUGGGGGUGCCCUGGUCAAGAUGGACAGGAGCCUGUUCAUCCACAGAAGAGAGAAGAACACUGGCUUAGAUGUGGUUUCUCUUUCAGAGGCAGUGGGGACACGGUGGAGACAAGACUUCCAGGCUCUAGGCUUCUAGGCUUUUGGCCAGGUCAGGGGCCCGGAAGCUUGUGGCAGGGGAGAUGGGGAAGGGCCAGCAGGUGGUGGGCAGGGCUCCCUGUUUGGGGGAAAAGCAUCUGAACUUCUGGAGUGGGUCCCCCUGGCCCUGGGUCAAUAUUAGGUCAGAUUUGGGACUUUUUGAGGAAUUUUCCCCUCCCUCCUCCUUGCCCUCCUUCCUUUUCUAGCCCAUCCAAGAAACUUCCCACCCUUAACCUCUACUCAGCUUUAACCUCCAUGUGGCCUUUUGUUAGAGGGCGCUCUGAGCACAGGGUGGGGAUUUUCCUUCCCAGGCCAGUCUGGGCAGGGUUGCUGGGAAUCUUCUCAACCCACAGUGCCUGGAAAAGUCCCCUACUUUUUUUAUUUUUUAUUUAUUUUUAUUUUUAUUUUUUUUGA